GGGUGGCGGGAUUAUCCUCGGUUUGUAAAACUUGCAUUUCUGUGAGUCAGUGAGCAUUUGAAGUCUGCUACACUACUACUGACUUGCUAUAUCUUGACUUCUCCGACAACAUGUUGACACCGCGGGUUUGCAGUCUUCUAAUAACACGAAGGAUGCAGUAAUAUCUCACUGGCAUUUUGUAUGGAAUACAAAAAAUGCUGGCAAAGGUGGAAUACGGAGGAGUCCAAAAAUACAUCAAAGUUCCACAAAGUGAUGGAAACUUUGAUUUCCUCCAGUUUCUUCAAGAAGUAACAAACAAAUUCAGUCUGCAGGCUCAUCUUCUAACUGAAGGUGAGCUUAGACUGAAUGAUGAAUCUGGUACUGAGAUCGACGCAGAUGUGUUUGAUGAGCUCUUAAAGUCAGGGGUCCGAAAGUUUAAGGUUGGAUACCGUCAGUAUGUAGCUACAGAUCUAGAAAUCAAUGUGGUCGCAGAUGAAUCACUGUCAUCAGUAUUGCCGGAGCCAUCAGCAUCAUUGGCUUCAUCCGCAGACCUUUCAGCAUCACCAGCUUCUUCCCUUUCAUCGGAUUCAACUAUUAUUCUUCCAUCUACAAAGAACAGGAGAAGGGGCCUGAGAGAGCUGGAUUGUGAGGAAGCAAGACAGAAAGUUGAUACUGUUCUGAGGUCAAAUCCAAAGGGUGAAGAAAUCUUCCAAGAGUAUGACAAAACUAAAACGCUGUCAGAUGCAACACGCAGACAGAUGGUCAAUAUUCUGGUUGCAGAAAUGACUGAUUCAUAUGGAAGAAUUCCACCCACAAGUGUGCGGGUCAGUUAUGCACAGGGAAUUGUUACCCGGUUUCCAUAUCUUCAAGAUCCAUUUUCCAAAAAUGGAUAUGAACAUUACUACGAUCCGGAGGCAAAUACCGGUUAUCUUGCUUGGAGACUUAAGACAGUACAACGAAACACUUGCGAUGGACCACGCGGGUGUUCCAGGCCGAUUGUCAAGGACAGUCCAAUGAGAAAACGGGAAUCUCUGUUAACUGGUGACCAGCUGUUUGGUGACGAGUGCAGAGAGGCACUCUCUUUAAUCAGACACUCAACAGAUAAAGUGGUGGUUAAAGAGAAAAUGAGAGCAACCUUUGAAUACAGGCAGAAGAUGGUUCACGACAAGGAUGCAACAGCUUCAGUGUUGGAGGUCUUCCCUCGUUUCCUUGACAUACCUGGAUUGAUUGACCAGGACUUUUCCAUAAUGUUUGGGGAUGAAGUAUCUGGACGGUUCCUUGCAAGGUGGCCCUCAUAUUUCAAGCAGAAAGUCAUCGCAGAAUGCCAGAGUCUUCCUCAAAGUCCAUAUGUGGAGGAGCUGCUGGAACCUUUUAACCCUGAGGCAGAGAAUGACUAUGGCUGGGAUAGUGAUAUGUCGGCUCUCCUGUUGCUGUUGCAUCUCCUGCCCCCUACAUCAAGAGGCCACAAAAAAACAGCAAAGAUAAGCUCAGCACAGGCAGCUAAUCAUCUUGUGAGAUAUCUUAAGCAAGGAGCCAGCCUCACUACGUUCCUGGACAAAGUUGAUGCAAGACAGCCCUUCCUUCUCUGCAUCGUUUACCACAUUGAUGUUGGGAACGCAAAAGAGAGCCCAAGAGUCAAGGAACUGAGAGCCCGAGUACUGCGUGAUCGUUAAAAUGCCACCAGAGUACAGAGGUCAGAACACAGUUAAGCAAACUGUCCAAGUGAGUUCACAUGUUUUUUCUGCAAAACGCAAUGUUAAUAGUUAAAACAACUGUUAUAAUGUUUGAUUUGUGCAACACAACACAAAACUAGUUUUCUUUGAAUAAUACUUAAAAUGCCACUAGAUUACGAAGGUGUUCAAAAACCUGUUUAACCAUGUUCACAUGUUUUGUAUGUAAAAAGCACCACAAAAAUUGUUCAGGUCUUUGUCAGCAUUUGAAAUUUCAGCACGGGUUAUAUCCGGCAAAAAAACUGCGUUUAAAAUGUGGAGAGCAAGGUUGUCCUUCAUCUUUUUGUACUUACAAUGGCUUCAGAAAGCACCUUAACACUGCACAUAGGCAACACCUUGAUGAACAGGCCCUUACUAACCAGGAAGUUGCCACAGAAUCACAUUCUGAGGGGGAUUUUUUAAGUGAUCAGCCUACAACUUCUACAUCCAUGUUGCAGGUCCCCCCUCCUGUCACAAAAAACUUGCUUGAUAGAAUGUGUGGAUCAAUUGUUGCACACUUGCAAGCUUCUGGUAUUUCUCAAAGUACUGUCCAAACAAUAGUUUGUUCAAUGGAGGAAGUUGUUAGUGAUGUACAAAGUCAAGCACGAGAAGCAGUUCUCCAAACAUUUUCUUCUGAAGCACAGCAGGCAGACAUUUAUAAAAAAAAUAGUGCACAAUUUAGAUAAGUUAGAUAACCCCUUUUCUGGAUUUAAUACAGAGAACAAGAGACAAAAAUAUUCUGAUGAAAAAUGGGAAAUAGUUGAACCCAAAGAAUUUGUCCUUGGUGUGAGACUGGAUACACGGAGAGAUAGAACUACAGGUGUCUUUAGUCAGAUUCCUGUAACAGACAAGUACAUGUAUGUGCCCAUAUUAGGUACACUUAAAUCCAUUUUCAAAAAUAGUGAGAUAAGAGAGGCUUUUUUGCAAGAGAAACUGAGUAAAAAGGGAACACACAGAGAUAUCAGUGAUGGGUUAUAUUUCCAAAAUCAUUCUCUGUUCUCACAACAGAAGCAGGCCCUCCAAAUUUUGCUUUAUUACCAUGAUUUUGAAACCGCCAACCCAUUAGGUUCCAAGAAGGGUGUCCAUAAACUUGGGUGUGUCUAUUUUACUUUCAAAAACCUCCCACCAAAGUUAAACUCUGUGAUAAUGAAUGUACACCUUGCAGCUCUUUUCUACACAGAAGAUUUAAAAAAAUAUGGCUUUGGUGAAAUAUUAAAGCCUGUAAUUGAUGAUUUGAAAAUUUUAGAAACAAAAGGAAUCCAACUUCCAUUUAUUGAAGAACCAUUAUUUGGCUCUGUAAUACAAGUCACUGGUGAUAAUCUUGCUUUAAAUAGCUUGCAAGGCUUUGUUGAAUCUUUCAGUGCAACACAUUGGUGUAGGUUUUGCCUAACUAAUAAGCAAGACAUUCAGUCUGUGUUUAACGAGAGUGACCCUGGGCUGAUUCUGCGCUCAAGAGAGCUUCACAUUGAACAUUGUAACGCACUAAGUGAAGUUCCUGCUCUACCUUCUGUUUAUGGUGUUAAAAAACCUUGUGUGCUGAAUUCAUUAGAAUAUUUUCAUAGCUCUGAUAAUUUUUCAGUUGAUAUCAUGCAUGAUUUGUUGGAAGGUGUUGUACAGUAUGAACUGAAAUAGUUUUUUCAGUACCUGAUAAAAAAUGGAUACAUCUCUUUGAACACGCUGUUGGACAGGAUACAUAGUUUUAAUUAUGGUUACAUGGAACGUAAAAACAGACCAAGUGUUUUAAAAGUGGAUGAUAACAGCAAACAGUUAGGUUUAAAGGCCAUUCAGUCAUUGUGUGUUCUCCGUAAUACCCCACUCAUCUUUGGUGAUGUGGUUGAAAGGGAAAAUAAUCACUGGAAGUUUGUUCUCCUUUUGUUACAAAUUGUUAAUAUAGUGUUUUCCCCCAUCAUUACUGAUGGCAUGAUUUGUUACCUAAAACAUUUGAUCCAUGACCACCACACCAUGUUCAAAACUUUGUAUCCUGAUAAAAAAUUGAUACCCAAGCACCACUUAAUGAUUCACUAUCCAAGAAGUAUUCAAAAAAUUGGCCCUCUCAUUCAUAUGUGGUGUAUGAGAUUCGAAGCUAAACAUUAUUUUUUUAAAAAGUCUGUUAAAAAUUUUAAAAACCUUACAAAAUCUCUGGUCAAGCAUCACCAGCGUCAACUUGCAUUUUGCUAUGAAAAUUAUUAUUUUAAAAGAUUUGAGGUUGGUCCUAUUAAAAUCAAAACCAUAGAUGACCUGGAAGGUGGAGAAUUACUGUGUCAGAUUUUACAUUUAGAUGCAUGUGCAGAUGUUUCAACUACAAUUUGGGUCAGAAAUGAUGGCACUGAGUACCAGGUUAAUCUGUUUAUAUGCACUGGAACAUCCUAUGAUCUACCUGUGUUCAAGAAAAUCUGCAAUAUCAUAAUACACGAACAGCGUGCUUUUAUUUUAGGAUGUACAGUUAAAACAAUGUUCUUUGAUGAACACUUUCAUUCAUAUUGUAUAGAGGAGAAUAUUGAUGAACAUGCUUUGAUAUGCAUUGACCAGCUUACUUAUUUUAGACCUUUUGAUAAGCAAUAUUCUAAUGAAAAUGAGAGAGCAUAUAUUAUUCCAUAUUGUCAUAUGUUUUAGAAGAUGUUUAAGAUGCCUAUGUGGUGCAUAUGUUUUAAAAUUAAACAAAAAUGUGUUCUUAAAUGUGGUUUGAUCUUUCAGUGUUCACAAUGUUUUACUGACUAAAUCCACUAGAGGGCAGUAAAGACCAGUGUUCAUGUCAAAGUAUUUUCACUGGGACUGUUUAGUUUGGGAAAAGCUGAAAACCAAACAACUGUUACGUCCUCAAAGUUCCCUUACUGUAUCACUUUAGAGAACAUGAAGUCCCUUGAACCAAACACAAAUGUUUAACAUCCUUUUCUGUUAAUACUUCAAUUCUACUUUAACCUCACUUUGUCAGUAAGACAUACUGAAUUUCAGUGAUGCCAACCAAGACUUUUCUGCAACUGUAUAACUUUAAAUGUUUCAAUCAUCCAACUCCAACAUCCUCCAACCCAUGAUUUCAAAUCAUCAACCUUUUUUUCCUUGUGAUUUGCAGCUAAGGAUCACCUGAUGACUGAUUUGACAUCAUGACAAAUAACCAGGUUUAAAUGAACAGUGUGUAACCAUUUAUUUCAUAUGACUGCAAAAGCAGAAGCAUAAUGCAUGAUCUGGUGCAGAUUGGGGGGU